AUGAGCUACAGACUGCUGCUACCCGGCGACCGGCCUACCUUCACGAUCCUCGCGCUCGACGUGGCCAAAAGGAACUGUGCCUUCUCGCCGACUAUCCAGCCCAUUCAAUGCCUCCUGGGCCGAGCCAGUUGCCUCGCAAGGGAGUGUCGACCGUCUCGUCGGGCUCUAUCCGGUCUUUUGUACACUUUCGAAAUCGACCACGCCCAGAAGGCUUGCAGGACCACCAGCCAGCAGCAGACUCAGGGCGCCCCGGCCCACUACUAUGGCACCUCUUCUAAUGCCGGACUCGAGCGGUUGCUAUUAGUUGUCAUGCUGCGAGCCCGUUCCACAAUCGCACUAGCCACAACAAAGACACCGGCGGGCCUUUGCUCAGAGAUGAUGCUCGCACGGAAAUCCUGCCGGAUUUCCCCUACGCCUUCGCGGGCCACGGCCCCAACAAAGACCGCCAGCGACAAUGCCAUGUCCACCAAGUGCUGGAGGACCGUCAAGGUCGGCUGUAAGCUCCAGACCUGGGAUCAGACCGCGUUUGGAUCCUCUCUCGGCGCAAGAACGAGACCAAGCCUGAACUUGAAAUAUGCGCUUGGCUUCAGUGUCCGCCUGGAACAGGCCCCCGGCAUGCCGUACUCGCCCCUGAUGCUAAUGCUUAGAAUCCAUUAUAUAUGUCCUCGGAGAGCUUUCCCACACCAUCCUCGCCUUCGACCUGUCUGCUGCACCUGCAGACUCCUUCCAGCCGCGGCGCCUCUCAGUAUCUCACCAAUUCAAGGCUUUGCACCUAACAUCAUUCCCACAAUCGUCCCUCCAACUCAUCAAUUAAGGAUUGAUUCCGCCGAGAUAUGUCUCCAUCCCACCAUUUCGAAUGUCAUUUACGCCAGCAACAGGUGGGAGCGGCAUAUUGCGCAGCGAGAACCUCAGAUCCAAGAUACCCGUAUUCUAACAGUGUUACCUGCAGGAGACGCCAUCGCUAUCCUCUUGCUCUCUGAUAAUGGUAGGGCAGUGGUAGAAAUAAGGCAUGUACGGACGAACCUCGACGUCAUUUGCGGUAUGCGGCUCAGCAAUGACGGCAGGUAUGUUGUCCUGGCUGGCCAGGAAGGCGGCGGAGUCGAGGUCUACGAUAUUAGUGGGGAGGGAGACGAGGUAUGGACUCUUGCGGCUGGCUUGAAUGAAGGUUUGGACGCUGGAUUAAAGCAUGCGGUAUGGUUGUAG